AUGACCGGCUCCUGCUGCUCCCCUUGCUGCCCACCCCCCUGCUACAGCACCACCUGCUGCAGGACCACCUGCUGGAAACCAGCCUGUGUGUCCUGCUCCUGCAGCGCCCCCUGCUGCCAGCCCAGCUGCUGCCAGUCCAGCUGCUGCCGCCCCACCUGCUGCCAAACCACCUGCUGCAGGACCAGCUUCCAGCCCUCCUGUGCCACCAGCUACCACUGCACACCCCGCUGCCAGCCCAGCUGCUGUGUGGCCAGCUGCUGCCAGCCCUGCUGCCAGUCCAGCUGCUGCAGGCCCAGCUGCUGCAGGCCCAGCUGCUGCAGCUCCCCCUGCGGACAGGCCGGCACCUGCACCCCUGUCUACUGCACCAGGACCUGCUACCACCCCACCUGCAUCUGCCUGCCCAGCUGCUGCCCGCCUACCCGCCGCCUGGCCUGCUGUGAGCCCAGCUGCUGCCAGCCCUCCUGCUAUGUGUCCAGCUGCUGCCAGCCCUCCUGCUGCUGA